UGCCCAGUCCUAAUGCGUUCGUCGCCACUACGAUGCCCUCGGCCCCGUUGCUUUGACGCCACGCCUCGAGCCGAGCCGUCUUGCCCUCUAUCGAGUCGACGUCGCUGAAGAACGUGGCGCACCCCAGCACUGAUCCUAAACGCUCUACCCGCUCGAUUGACGUGGCGUAUACUACCGCCUUGCCUCGCCCGCCGCUGGCCAGAAGCUCACGUACCUACUGGACUGCUACCCGGCAUACCUCGGCCUCAACCGUGUCAAGUGUCUUGAGCGCCGCGUCAUCUUCGUCUUGUUCUGCGCCACCGUCGUCCUCGUCACUGAUCCUGUCGCUUGUUAUGACGACGGAAUAUCCUAUGUUCUUGCGCGUCGUUGCUGUUCGGAACAUGCUUACACGACUUGCCUCUAGUCGCAUCGCGUGGAAGAAUACUACUUCGUCCUUUAGCGUAAGCGUCGCUAUUAAGUAUAUCGUUUAUAUACCGAACUUGCGAAUCGCCUCCCCGAGCUCGCUAAGCCGUGGCCGGAACGCCUGCCUCCUUUCUAGCCGUACGAUAAAGUCUCUAAACCCCUUUAUAACGGCUGACUCGACCGUGACGAAGAUGAUGGACGCCGCCUGGUUGUUCUUCCGGCUCUGCUAUACGUGCGAUGUGAUCCCCGCCUUGACGUAUCGCCUGUGCAGAUCCGUCCGCAGCGCUACCAGCGGCGUCACAACCACCGUCACCCCGUCCGGCGAGCAGAACGCCGGCAACAUGAACGAGACGCUCUUGCCGCCGCCCGUCCCUAUUACCUACACGAUCGGCGUGUACCCGCUGGCGAUGGCGAGCACCGCUUCUCUCUGCUGGCCCUCUAAGUCUAUCCUCCUUAGCUUCUCGAACCGUCGGAGCCUCGCCUCGAGCCGUGGCCCUUCGUAUGCCUCCGUCUUUUUCCUCUUAUAUCCCGCGGAGUCCUAUUUCGACUCCGAAUCCUCGGCGCCGAACCUUAAAAACCUAUAUUACUAACGGCUAACUCUACGGAACUAUUAUUACCUCGCCGCGA